GUCAUUGGUGAGUUCAAAGGACUACUCCCUGGUUCAGUGUGGAGGUCGAUUCAAAUCAUGAAAAUGUGCGAAAGCGUGCAUGCCGCACAGGACUCGAGUCGUCGAGACAGUCAGCUAGCUAGCUGGACUCGGAAAUCACACUUCUUGAAAAGAUUUCUGAUAUUCUGCGUCCUGAUCUAUAUCAAAGCUUUGAACGAAACAAACUUGACAUAAUGGAUGGUAGACGCUCUCAUUCGCCUGGAAGGAAAGCUGGAAGCCACUCUCCAGCUCGUGGCUCACGCUCACCAGCUCGAACUGUGGCAACACCGGACAGAUUUAUACCGUCAAGAAUGGACCGUGAUGCUAUCAGCGUUAGCCACGCCAAAAUUGUGGCUGAUCUAACUGAAAAGACUGAGGAGAAUGUCAGUCCCAAUACUAAAGCAUCCCGAGAGCAGAUGGCUGCGAACCUCGCAGCAGCUCAGGGCGUCAAGCUAGACUCGAAAAUAAUCCUGCAUUACGAGGACAAACCCGCACCGAAACAAGGCACAUGCAGUGCUCAGCUACUGUACCAGUCAUCAAGCUCAGCCAAGGUGAAGAAAACUCAUGUCGAGCGGCAUAUUCCGACAACAGCUGAGCGAGUGCUUGAUGCUCCGGAGCUAAUGGAUGAUUUCUACUUGAACUUGAUCGACUGGAGUGCAAACAACCACCUGGCUAUUGCGCUAGGUGGCGUGCUAUACCUGUGGAAUGCAUCCAGUGGGGACAUCCAGCAGCUGUUUGAGAUGGAACAUGAGUCUAGCUUCAUAUCCGCCGUCUCCUGGAUUCCAGACGGCAAAUACCUAGCAGUCGGCACCAGUGAUAACGAAGUUCAGCUGUGGGAUGUGGCUGUUUCGAAAUGCCUGCGUCGCCUGAGAACUCAUGGCAAUCGUGUGGGAACAUUAGCAUGGAACAAGCACAUUCUUACGAGUGGUGACAGAUGUGGAGAAAUUCAACAUCAUGACGUGCGUGCUCCGAACCACAUGAUGGCUUCUUUCAAGGGUCACUCUCAAGAAGUGUGUGGACUAAAGUGGUCACCGUCCGGCAACAUGCUAGCUAGCGGCGGUAAUGAUAACACUCUCCUACUAUGGCCAGGCUACAAUAAUGGCGGUGUUGGCUUUGGUUCUGGACCGAUUCACACCAUUACAGAACACACCGCUGCAGUGAAGGCCCUAGCCUGGUGUCCAUUCCAAAGUCACUGCUUGGCCAGUGGUGGUGGCACAUCUGAUCGACACAUUCGUCUUUGGAAUGCACAGAAUGGCCGGCAGGUGGCCAGCGUCGACACUAAGUCACAGGUGUGUGGAUUGCUGUGGAAUGAGACGUAUGGUGAGCUUAUCUCUGGUCAUGGAUAUCCGAAGAAUCAGUUGACAGUGUGGCGCUAUCCACAGCUGGAACAGGUGGCUGAGCUCUCAGGCCACACGGAGAGGAUACUGUACAUGUCAGCUAGUCCUGACAACACCACCGUUGUGUCCGGCUCGGCUGACGAGACCAUCCGCCUCUGGAAAUGCUGGGAGGUGGACGAGGCAGCGCUCAAGAAGAAGAUGGCCUCUGCGCAGCGGGCUUCCGGCACGUCAAAGUCAAAAGCAAAGCCAGCGAUGCAGACACGUGGCCUCCGGUAAGCGUUGCAAUCAACACUAUGCAAUCAACACUCCUACUACUACUACAGAUCCAAGAUUGUGUGUGUGUGUGCGAACGCUACAUCCUGCUUCAAUAAUCACUUAGGCAAUAUGCUGCAUUCCCAUCGCUUGUCGCUCUACUAGGCUAUAUGCUGCAUUCACCACCCUGACUAAUCUAUCAUCAAAUGCGCCAUUGCUUAUUGUCCUCAUAUCCAACUGUCUAUCAUAAAAUCCCAAACCUGAACUGACUGGGGCUGCUAGACCCACCUUGACCCAAUCAUCAUUUUUCCAUAAGUAGUCUUCUAACAGACUUGAAUAAUAUUAUUGUACCCUCCCCCCCCCCCCCCCCCCCACACACACACAACACUCUUUUCCCUCCUCACCUUGUGUUGUUUAGCAGGCAAUAUCCAGAAAGAAUUUUCCAGUAUCUUACUACUGUUCUCUUUUCUGUAGGCCUUUCGUGCACUGUCCUCCGUCCUUUGUUCACACCAAUAAUUAUGUUCAUUCCAGCAUAAUAAAUAUUAUUAGUAUUAUGACUUAUUGUUUCCAGUUUCCAGUGUGCAUUUUGUUUCUUAUACCUCCUGCUGUCGUUCUGCGUGGGUCUUCACCAUUCCUAGAAUAUUUCUAUUUCCGUUGAAUAAUUUUCUGUCGCCCUCCGCUGUCUCUGGCCCAACAG